AUGAACAAAUCUGUGGGAAUUGCCUCCCGUGCCGACGUAUUUCUACAGGAAUAUUUUGACGCAUGCAACGAUGAAGAAAAAAGUGAGGAAGAAUUUGAUGAUGAGAGUGACCAGGACUCGCCAAACUACUGGCGAUCGUCACGUCUCUCCCCACUCAGGGGAAAGGCGCGGCUUAGUUUGCAUCAGCGCAACUCCGUACAGCAGGCACUGAUGAGCCAGGAAUCCCUUUCUCGUCGAGGUCGAGAUGCGGCGGCGGCGGCGUCUUUGCUUUCCAGGCCUUUCAUUGCCACUGCUGAGAUGCGUGGAGGAAAGACGGGAAGUGCCACGGUCUCUUUGAAUAACACUAUGGAGGGGACGGCCGCUGAGGGUUUCUUGUUUGAUGCCUUUUGUGCAUUCCGCCAGUCCCCUAAUGGAAGUUUCGAGUUGUCUCCCACUCCCCGAGAGGGAGGGCCGCCGGUGUGGUCGCUGCGAAAGGGAAUUGUCGUUGCAGAGACAUGGGCGGCAAUCUCUUUUUCUUUGCGCUCGCUUAUGGAGGCCCUUCUUGCGGGGGCAAAUGAGGUGGCACGGGCUCAGUGGCUACUGCAGUUACUUGGGGGGUCCUUGUCUCGGGAAGGUGUCAGUGUCAUGGAGGAUGCCUUUACGGACUAUUCUCAAACGUGCACGGGGGAAGAGGGCUUACUCCUUGCGGCGCGCUUAGUUCUAUGCCGCUUCGCUUCCGUGGGGCGCGGGUUGGUGCAGCGGAUCAUGAGUUGGACCACGCAGGUGCAGGAAAAAUGGAAUUCCAUCAACCCAAAUGAAUUUAUGAAACCUGAUCUGCAUAAAUGCAUUGAGAGGUUACUAUUGCCCUUACGACGUUGUAUUCAUUUGUUAGAGCGUUCCUGUAGCCUUGCGGGUAAGCGCCCUUCCACAAUUGACUCUAAUUUGACGGGGACGAAUGUGAACACAGUCACCCGCGCAACUACUCUUAUGGACCACCUCAUUGUUCGAAUGAGUGCAUUGCAAGAUAGCAACACGAUGGAUAUUUACCGUUUUUACAUGGUUCUUUUGAUAUAUUGUGGCUGGCCCUAUGUGCUUCUCAUGACAUCCGCCAUCUUUGGAUUUGUGACGGAUAUUGAUGCCGAUGCAUGGCGAUCGAAUAUCCCGCGCAUCUUUCGGCUGUCAUUUUCUCACAUUCGAGUUGGCGAUCACGGCAGGAAUGAUCGCAAAGUAGUGAUGCUGCCCACCGACAUUCUUUCUUUUGUCCUGCUGUGCGUCGGGUACGAACCGGUUGAGGCGGAUGGGCGUUGUAGUGAGGCCGGUGGAAAACCGAAGCGCGAUGUAAACCGUGCGAGACGACGUGCGGCAUUUUCAUCCAUGUUGUCAUCCCGAAGUUUCAUUCUUCGUAGUUUUGCAGCCUUUACGCGAAAAAAGGUUCUUCUCGGCUGGAGUCGUAAGCGAUCCGCGGAUUGGCGUCCCACAAACGCAGAGUGUUCCACCGGCGAUGAAUGGCUGGGAUUUAUACAAAAGGGAGAGAAGAAAACGAGUCACUCUGUCUCAACCCCCGCCGCCUUGUCGCUUACGCUCUGUGGCGAUGGCGAGGAUGAGUUCUUAUCGUUGUGGCCCAAUUUUUCCACCUGGACGCUAUGCGUGGAGGAAAAGAAGACCCACCAUGACUUCAUACUCGAUGAUGGCACGGCGGGGGGAAACGGCAAGCCGUUGCAACUUUGGCUUCACACGUCUUUGCCAGCCGCUCGGUGGGUUACAGCGAGCCUCCUGGUUCCCAUUGCACAGGUGGUAAAGCGCCUAAACGAGCGACGACUGGCGGAACUGCUUUCAACUGACAUUGCACGUCACCGUGUGGGAUACUACAGUGAAAACAACUUGGAGAACACGGAUGAUGUCCGUUAUGAUGACGAUGAUAAUAUGCCUGCCAUAGGUUUCGAUAUGAACUCUGACACGUGGAAUGUAGGCAGCUCCACCGUCUCCAUGCGACGGGGUGGUUCAUUGUCAUUAAUUGGUGGCGGCAGGGGUGCAGUUUCGACGAAAUUACUUCCAAACGAUGUUACAUUUCAAGAUGCUGUGAGAUUAAUCAUUGAUAUUGCUCUCUGUCGCGAUAGUGAGCGUAUUGUGUACACGUUUUUGUAUCGUCUUUUCAAUGAACCGCACUGGUGGUACCGACGUGACGCGGUGGGUUACAAAUACACGGGAACUGCCUCAACCUUCAUCUCCACCACCUUCGCGGAUGCCAUUCGCGGAAAGGCACUCGCCCAGUUUGUGCGACUUUCGGUGGCACCGACGUCUGAGUCCACCCUUUCACAGGGCACUGGUGAUGAUUCUGCGCUCGAGGUGCUUCGGACGUUCGCCUCCUUUGAGCUUGUUUUUUCAUUCCCUUGGGACAUUGAGCUGAUCUUGCUUCCCCUGAACCUUUCUGUCUCAUGGGGAGGCGCGGAUGCCAUUCAGGAGAAAUACGCCUCGUACUUUUGGAAGAAUCGACGUUGUGGGGAAGAAGCGAAAGUGAGGAGAGGGAAUACAGAGAAGGCAGCGGGGAAAACAGGGGCACAAGAGGAGCGGCAGCAGCAGCCGUUGGACAAACAGGCAGUGAAAGCGCGAGAAAGCUGGAGCUACUGCUUUGGUUACCUCUGCUCCCUGUACUACGCCCAGAUUUCCCUUCGGGAGCAGCGGAAAAGGUUGCAGCAGCGGGACAUUUUCUCGCAUAACAUCAUGUCUGCGCUGGGCAGCUCGGAAGAGGGGAAAAAACACACGGUACGCCUCACCCGAGGACUUGGCAGCGCCUACUUUGAGCUGUCCUUUGCCGUGGACUCUCUCCUCAGCUUUACACAAAACAUUGUGGGCAUCGUGGCCCGGGAGUUGGAGGGGGAGUUGACCAAGUUGGGCAAGGUGAGCUCUUGCAUGGCGCUGUGCCAGCGAAUCGAUGCCCUUCUUCUUCGUCUCUGCACCGUGUGUUUCCCUGUGGCGCCGGGGUUGGAGGACACGUGCCCAAUGACCGACUCUCUCCCCAUACGCGAAAGCAUCACGGCGGUGCUCGCCAUUGCGUUGAACCCAACCAGCCUGCCGUUGAGGCACAUCACAUCUAGAACGCAGAAUGCGAUUGAGGCGCUUGUGGCUGUGGUGCGUGCGCUUCCAGCGACGUCAGUGCUGAAGGAGAAGUUGGGUUCGCUGCUGGUGUUGCUGACAUUUAAUCGUUUUUACGGCAAAUGA